AUGGCGGACAGAGCGCCUGGUGGCUCUCAAAAAGCUAGCGCUAAGGCGCUGCUUGAGAGCAAACUGAAAUCCUUCAGUAUCGGUAAAAUGGCAGUGGCAAAAAGGACACUAAGCAAGAAGGAACAGGAUGAAAUCAAGAAAAAAGAGGAUGAGCGGGCAGCAGCAGAGAUUUAUGAGGAGUUUCUUGCUGCUUUUGAAGGAGGAGGAGAGGGAAAAGUUAAAGCAUUUGUCCGUGGUGGUAUUGCAAAUGCAACCAAAGAGGAAGCAGCUGCUGAUGAGAAAAGAGGAAAGUUGUACAAACCUAAGUCACGUUUUGAGUCUCAAACAAAAAGCUUCUUGCCUUUGGAAACACCACCUCAAUUUCUAGCGCUAGAUAAAAGACAUUCUUUGAAGAAAGGCAGUGAAAAGGAAAAGAAGAAGAGCAACUUGGAGCUCUUCAAAGAAGAACUUAAACAAAUUCAGGAAGAAAGGGAUGAAAGACACAAGAUGAAAGGCCGUGUUAGUCGAUUUGAGCCUCUUUCUGGCAUGGAUGGAAGACGCUCAUCGGAUGGUUCUUCAAGAAGAAACCGUCCGUCCAGUGUUCUGGAUGACUGUGCACCAGGUUCCCAUGAUGUUGGAGACCCAUCUACUACUAACUUGUAUCUUGGAAACAUCAAUCCACAGAUGAAUGAAGAGAUGCUGUGUCAAGAGUUUGGCCGCUAUGGCCCCCUGGCCAGUGUAAAGAUUAUGUGGCCAAGAACAGACGAGGAGAGGGCUCGGGAGAGGAACUGUGGCUUUGUGGCUUUCAUGAACAGGAGGGAUGCUGAGCGUGCACUCAAAAAUCUAAACGGAAAGAUGAUUAUGAACUUUGAGAUGAAAUUGGGAUGGGGCAAAGGUGUUCCCAUUCCACCCCACCCCAUCUACAUCCCUCCUUCCAUGAUGGAGCACACACUCCCACCGCCUCCCUCUGGCCUUCCUUUCAAUGCCCAGCCCCGGGAGAGGCUAAAGAACCCUAAUGCUCCCCUACUUCCUCCGCCUAAAAACAAGGAGGAGUUUGAGAAGACUCUGUCGCAAGCCAUAGUCAAAGUGGUUAUCCCAACAGAAAGGAAUUUGCUUUCUCUCAUCCACCGAAUGAUCGAGUUUGUGGUGCGUGAAGGCCCAAUGUUUGAAGCCAUGAUCAUGAACAGAGAAAUCAACAAUCCCAUGUACAGAUUUCUAUUUGAGAACCAGAGCCCGGCACAUGUGUACUACCGGUGGAAGCUUUACUCCAUACUACAGGGCGAAGCACCAGCCAAAUGGCGAACCGAAGACUUUAGGAUGUUUAAGAAUGGCUCUCUGUGGCGUCCGCCUCCUCUUAAUCCUUACCUCCAUGGUCCAUAUGAUGAUGGUGAAGAAGAGGAGGAAGAGGAGGAGGCUAACAAGAAAGGCUGCUUGAAAGAAGAAGAGCGGGACAAAUUAGAAGAGAUGCUACGUGGGUUGACUCCCAGGAGGGGGGACAUAGCAGAAGCGAUGCUGUUUUGUCUCAGUCAUGCUGAAGCUGCUGAAGAGAUUGUCGAAUGUAUCACAGAGUCCCUUUCAAUCCUAAAGACCCCUCUUCCCAAGAAGAUUGCCCGGUUAUAUCUAGUAUCUGAUGUACUGUACAACUCUUCUGCCAAAGUAGCCAAUGCGUCUUACUACAGGAAAUAUUUUGAGACAAAACUCUGCCAGAUUUUCUCAGACCUCAAUGCAACAUACAAAACCAUCCAGGGCCACCUUCAGUCUGAGAACUUCAAGCAACGGGUCAUGUCAUGUUUCCGUGCGUGGGAGGACUGGGCUGUGUACCCAGACCCCUUCCUCAUCAAGCUGCAGAACAUCUUCCUGGGUCUGGUGAAUCUGUCAGCUGAGAAGGAGUCAGUUGCCCUCAUGGUGGAGGCUGAACCGACAGAGGACAUUGAUGGAGCUCCAAUAGGGGAGUAUGUAGACGGUACUCUGCUAGAGGAUGUGGACGGGGUCCCGAUAGAUGCUGGAACAAUUGAUGGGGCCCCGAUUGAUGGUGCUCCUCUGGAUGACCUAGACGGUGUCCCUAUCAAACCCAUGGAGGAGGACAUUGAUGGAAUACCCUUGGAUCAAUCCAAAGAAACGGCCUUCAAGGUCGCUCCGUCAAAAUGGGAAGCAGUGGACGAGUCAGAGUUACAAGCUCAAGCUGUGACGACUUCAAAAUGGGAGAUUUUUGAACAGCCUGAAGAAACAAAAAAGGAUGAGGAUGACAGUGAUGACGACGAAAGAAGCCCUCGUUCAGAGGACACUCAGAGCUACUCCAACCCCAUCCGAGAUGACAUUGAUUUUAAGACCAAGAUGUCUGAAAUGAAUGAGGAAAAACGCACUAAACUGAGAGAAAUCGAGGUUAAAGUCAUGAAGUUCCAGGAUGAACUGGAAUCAGGGAAAAGGCCCAAGAAGCCUGGUCAGAGUAUUCAGGAGCAGGUGGAACACUACAGGGACAAACUAUUACAAAAGGAAAAAGAAAAGGAAAAACUUGAACGGGAAAAAGAGCGGGAGAAGAAAGAAAAGGAGAAAGCAGAGGCACGACUUAAAGAACUAAAGAAAGAGAAAGACAAAGAGGACACACCGACAAGGAAAGACAGGAAGCGGCAUCACAGCGGGUCACCGAGCCCAACGCGAAGCAGCAGCAGACGAGGCCGGUCGUCCUCACCUCGAUCGGAGCGAUCUGAACGCUCAGAGCGCUCUGAUCGAUCAUACUCUAAAGACACAUCCUCCCGCUCUUCCCAUAAAGACUCUCCACGAUCCAGCAACAAAAAGUCCUCCAAGAGGUCUCCAUCAUCACCUCGCACACCCAAACGAUCAAGGAGGUCACGCUCUAGGACGCCCAAGAAAUCAGCUAAGAAAUCCCGCUCCAAAUCAAGGUCCCCUCACCGGUCUCACAAAAAAUCAAAGAAGAGCAAACACUGACACAACAUUUCUUUCAACCUUCAAACCAGCCUAUUCUCCCCCAACUGAUUCUUACCCAUCUCUGCGCUGUUGUGUAAAAAAAAGUGACUGAUGUAGCAGCUGAAGAUCGCUGCUCAGAUGUUGAUGUAUAGAUGGAGGUGAGUGCAGGGUGUUGCAUGGGUUGCCAUCUGGUGUAUCAAAUGGAUGGGGCCAUUGCUGUUUUAUAUUGUAAAAAAAAAAAAGUAAUGUGCUUGUGUGUCCUGACUCCCCA